ACUGGCUCCAGCAGAUUUUCCACCCUGAUCUCUCUCUGCUCCCCACUCUUCUUCCACAAUAACAGAUUCUAUUGUCCUAUAGAUUCCUUUGGGUUAUCUUCCUGUGGGAAUUUUGGCCGUUUAAUGCUUUUCCUUUAUGAAGUCACUUACCACUUCAAGCACUCAACUGCAUCAACAGAGAGGUUCUGUUUUAAGGAGACCGGGCUCAGCCAGAUUCGUUGGUCUUUCCUAAGCAGCAUGGCUGAUGUCUGCUAACAUCUAACCUUUGCAAGGCUCGGAGAUUAGACUGUGGGCAGCAGACGCUCCCAGAACCAUUCACUUACGGAAGCUCCAGACCUCUGCGCUCCUCCUGCCUCUUUUUUACUGGUCCACGCAGGAUAUGCUCUACCGCAGCCUAAUUCUUCCACAGCUGCCCCCACAUUGUAUCUAUGAUAUGGAGGAAGUAGCAAGAGGACUAGAAGUAGAAGUGGAGCCGGAAGCUGGGACUGAAUGGCAGCAAUCUCAUGAUCAAACUUUUUCAGAUGAGGAGUUGCUUCUUACAGAUGCGCAAGGAGACCAGCUUCCCAACAUGGAGUCUCCUCCUGGUGAAGAUGCUGUGAGGACCGUUGAAGUGACAGCCGAGGAUUCCCAGUGUUUCAUGAACUUAGUUGUUAAAGCCGCUGCUGGGUUUGAGAGGAUUGUCCCCAACUUUGAAAGAAGAUCUACUGUGCAUAAAAUGCUAUCGAACAGUAUUUCCUGCUACAGAGAUAUCAUUUGUGAAAGGAAGAGCCAAUUGAUGAGGCAAAUUUUGUUGUCUUAUUUUAAGAAAUUACAGCCACACCAGGCUUCAGCAACCACUACCUUUAUCAGUCAGCAGCGAUCGACAGUGAGGCAAGAUCCUUCUCCAGAAAAAAAGAUUAUGACUUGCUAAGGUUGAGAUGAUAGUUAGCAUUUUUAGCAAUAAAGUACUUUAAAAAUA